GGACACGGCCAGCACCCUCACACACAGCGAGCGGCGGGAGCGGGGCCGCUCCUCCAGACCGCCGCCCCCGGGCGUUUAUUAAUUUAUUAAUUAAUCGAUGGUUGUGUCUCCUCCCCGCCUUCCCCUCCCCCCGCACGGUGGGUGGUGGCGGCCGCGGGCCGGAGCGCGGCGGGGCCGGGAUGUGGCGGCGGCUGCGGGCGCUGAGGGGCUGCGGGCGGAGAUGGCAGCACCGCACGGCCAUCCAGGUGACCAACGAGCCCAUCCUGGAGUUCAAGCCGGGGAGCCCCGAGCGAGCGGCGCUCCAGAAGGCCCUCGCUGACCUGAAGGGCAAGACCGAGGACAUCCCGUGUGUCAUCGGGGGGGAGGAGGUGUGGACCCCCACGGUGAGGUACCAGCUCUCGCCCUUUAACCAUGCACACAAGGUGGCCAAGUACUGCUACGCCAGCAAGGAGCUCAUUAACAAAGCCAUUAACGCUGCCUUGGCAGCGAGGAAGGAAUGGGACCUGAAGCCUGUGCAGGACCGGGCCCAGAUCUUCCUGAAGGCGGCCGACAUGCUGAGCGGCCCGCGGCGAGCAGAAGUGCUGGCCAAGACCAUGGUUGGGCAGGGCAAGACCGUGAUCCAGGCGGAGAUCGACGCCGCCGCCGAGCUCAUCGACUUCUUCCGCUUCAACGCCAAGUACGCGCUGGAGCUGGAGCAGAGCCAGCCCCUGAGCGUGGACAUCAGCACCAACUCCAUGGUCUACCGGGGGCUGGAGGGCUUCGUGGCUGCCGUGUCCCCCUUCAACUUCACGGCCAUCGGGGGCAACCUGGCGGGGGCUCCGGCACUGAUGGGGAACGUGGUGCUGUGGAAGCCCAGUGACACGGCCCUGCUCUCCAGCUACGCCGUCUACAAGAUCCUGCUGGAGGCGGGGCUGCCCCCCAACGUGGUGCAGUUCGUGCCCUCGGACGGCCCCGAGUUUGGGGACACUGUCACCAGCUCCGAGCACUUCUGUGGCCUCAACUUCACCGGCAGUGUGCCGACCUUCAGGCGCCUCUGGAAGCAGGUCUCGGAGAACCUGGAGCGCUACCGCAACUUCCCGCGCCUGGCCGGAGAGUGCGGAGGGAAGAACUUCCACGUGGUGCACAGCUCCGCGGACGUGGGCAGCGCCGUGAACGGGACCCUGCGCUCGGCCUUCGAGUUCGGCGGGCAGAAAUGCUCCGCCUGCUCCCGGCUCUACGCGCCGGCCUCGCUGUGGCCCCACAUCAAAGAGAAGCUGCUGGAGGAGCACGGGAAGAUCAAAGUGGGAGAUCCCACCCAGGACUUCGGGACGUUCUUCUCGGCCGUGAUCGAUGACAAGCCCCCGAACCCGUUUCGUGUCCCCUGUCCCCAGUCCUUUGCCCGGAUCAAGAGGUGGCUGCAGCACGCCCGCAGCUCCCCGAACCUGACGGUGCUGGCGGGCGGCGGCUGCGACGACAGCGUGGGCUACUUCGUGGAGCCCUGCAUCGUGGAGAGCAGGGACCCCCGGGACCCCAUCAUGAGAGAGGUGUGUGGGGACCCCACCCCAAAUCCCUGUGGAACUCCCGGGACCCCACCCCAAAUCCCUGUGAGACCCCUGGGACCCCAUCAUGAGAGAGGUGUGUGGGGACCCCAUCCCAAAUCCCUGUGGGACCCCUGGGACUCCAUCCCAAAUCCCUGCAGGAACCCCAUCAUGAGAGAGGUAUGGGAUCCCCACCCCAAAUCCCUGUGGGACCCCUGGGAUGCCAUCCCAAAUCCCUGCAGGAACCCCAUCAUGAGAGAGGUAUGGGAUCCCCAUCCCAAAUCCCUGCAGGGUUCCCCGGGACCCCAAUCAUGAGAGAGGUGUGGGGGA